GAACAUGUGGUGAUAGUACAGCUUACAAUGUUUGUAGUCAAAAAAGACCACCUGGUUCAUUAGUUGAUAAAAUUGAUUUUGAUGCACCAGGAUUAAUUCCUAUUAAAUCAAGAUUUUUGGUUUUUCCUUUAUUACAAGAACCUAAAUCUUUUAAAUCUUUGAAUUUAUUAGAUUUUUCGUUAUACCUUAAACUAGUUUCUUAUCAUCUAUCUACUACAAAUGCUACACAUCGGGUAGCAGAUGAUUUAAUUUUAACAAAAUUAUUAUUACCUUUCAAAAUUGAUCUUUAUCUUGUCAGAAUAUGUGAUCUUAAAACUGCAAAAAAAAAAAAAUUAAAGAUAGGAGAUGUCUUAAAAGAUCCUAGUGAUAUAAAAAAACAUCAAUUGAAAGAUGAGUUUGAUAUAUUGAUGAAUUACAGUGUGGAGAUUUCAUGUUUAACAGAUUGUAUUUUCAAUGAUCAUGUAAUAAUAAUGUGUAGACCUUUUUUAAAAGAAGAACAGAAAACUUGUGAAAUAUCAAAUAAUGAUAAUGAAAGUACAAUAUAUAAUACUGGAAAUUAUAGAUUAAUAAUGGUAAUAGAUUAUAUGGAUUGGAUGUAUCAAAGUCGUAUCAAAGCUGAAGAUAUUGAAGAUGAUGAUAAAAUUGAUUUGAGGGAUACAUUUGAAAGAUAUAAUACUGGUAUUCCAGUUAUGAUUUCGGGUGGAAGUAUUGAAGUAGCAUAUCAUCCAGAUAUGACAGAUGUUAAAAAUAUUCACACAUUUUCUCAAAUGGUUGUAACUCAAAUUAUGGAUAACAUAGAUAAAAUACCAAAACCUGUUAUUAAGGGUGACAAUGAAGAUGAAGAUUAA